UAUUUGUGAUGAAGACUGAGAAGAGCAAAUGAAAAUGACCCUCCAACCUCCAAUGCAUUUUCAAUCUGUCUAAACAAGUAAAACGUAAAUUAAAUGAAAAUGGAGAAUGAUGCUGCAGUUUUCACUUCCUUGUCAAAGUAAACACCCCACCACUACUUCCCCAACCAAAAGGCAAAAGGCAAGCAAUUGUUUUCUACUUUUCUUUUCUCAGCUUUCUCUUUUCCUUAAAGUACAUAGUUCUCUACUUGUGUUGUCUGUCUCAGAAAAUCCAAGUUGUUGGAGGGUGUUUUUUGAGUAUUCUUCUACUCUAAUUUCACUUGCUCCAUACAUACUCCACACAGGAUUCCCUUACUAUGAAAAUAAUUUUAUAUGGUAAAGGCUCUCUCCAAUGCAUGCCAAGUAUUCCAAUGUGAUCUACUUCAUGGUUCUAGGAAAACCCCACAUGUACCUUCUAAGGGUGUCAUGGAAUUAGUCAUUUCUAUCCAAUUGAGCAUUUGGUUUGUUAGAACCAACCACUUCAUGUCUUAACAUAGAACCGUACAAGAUAGACAACCAUGCCAUUUGGUUUGGUCUCAGCAUGGAACAAGCGUAGAAGAAGCAAGUCCCAAGAUCAUUCAGACCCUUGUACUUUUCUACUUGCUUUUUCUUCUUUUCAUGUUGUAAGGAUUUAUAAACCUGCUGAGUUUUGGCAACUUGAUGAUCAAACACCUCAACCUACCAAAAGGAGGCAUGGAUCAUCUGUUUUCACACUCAAGGAGAUGGAAGAGGCAACAUGUUCAUUCAGUGAUGAUAAUAUUCUUGGAAAAGGAGGGUUUGGCAGGGUCUACAAGGGCACUUUGCGGUCAGGAGAGGUUGUAGCAAUCAAGAAAAUGGAGCUGCCAGCAAUUAAAGAAGCAGAGGGGGAGCGUGAAUUCCGCGUAGAAGUUGAUAUAUUGAGCAGACUUGACCAUCCAAAUCUUGUUUCUUUGAUAGGAUACUGUGCUGAUGGGAAGCACAGAUUCCUAGUUUAUGAAUAUAUGCAUAAUGGGAACCUGCAAGAUCAUUUGAAUGGAAUCGGGGAAAGAAAAAUGGAUUGGCCUCUGAGACUCAAAGUGGCAUUGGGAGCAGCAAAAGGCCUUGCUUAUCUCCAUUCAAGCUCUUGUCUAGGAAUUCCUAUUGUUCAUAGAGAUUUCAAAUCCACCAAUGUCCUUUUAGAUGCCAAUUUUGAAGCAAAGAUAUCUGAUUUUGGGCUUGCCAAACUAAUGCCAGAAGGACAGGAAACACGUGUGACUGCAAGAGUACUUGGUACCUUUGGCUAUUUUGACCCAGAGUAUACAUCGACUGGAAAACUCACUCUACAAAGUGAUGUUUAUGCCUUUGGUGUUGUUCUUCUAGAGCUAUUGACAGGACGUCGAGCUGUAGAUUUAAACCAGGGCCCAAAUGAUCAAAACCUAGUACUACAGAUGAGGCACAUACUGAAUGACCGCAAAAAGCUCCGUAAGGUGAUAGAUCCAGAGAUGGCUCGAAAUUCUUACACAAUUGAGUCUAUUGUCAUGUUCGCCAAUCUGGCAUCACGAUGUGUACGUGCUGAGAGUAAUGAGAGACCUUCAAUGGUAGAUUGUGUCAAAGAAAUCCAAAUGAUUAUCUAUACAAAUUCAAAAGGCUUGGGAGUGCUUAUGCAUAGCUUGAGAAUGCUUUAGCGAAAUGAAAUCCCAGGUUCAGAAUCCUGGUUUAUGAUGGUCUCCGUUCAGUUAAAAAAAGAUACUUAAUUACUCUAUCAUUCAUAAGUUCUUCAAUUCAUGUUUAAACCCCAAAUUG